GCCACCGCGGUUGGGUAACGUUAAGAUAGCAGCCAGCCACAGGCAGGUGGGACUGCCUUCGCCGCCUCCCCGGCGAUGGGCUCAGCCUGGAGCAGCCCCGAGGAGCGAGAGCCCCUCUUGCCCCCUACGCCGCCCGCCGGGCCGCCGCCGUUUGCUCAGCAUGGCCAGUCCUAUCGGGCGGCGGCGGCGGCGGCGGCGGCGGAGUCGCGGGGCAGAGGGACGCCUCCGGCGGGACCCCUGCCUCGCCUGCCGCCGGUGCCGGGCCGCGUGUACGGGCGGCGCUGGCUGGUGCUACUGCUCUUCUCGCUGCUGGGCUUCGUGCAGGGCCUGGUGUGGAAUACGUGGGGCCCUAUUCAGAACUCGGCCCGCCAGGCCUUCGACUUCUCCAGCUUGGAUAUCGCCCUGCUGGUCUUCUGGGGGCCCAUCGGCUUCGUGCCUUGCUUCGCCUUCAUGUGGCUGAUGGACAAGAAGGGCCUCCGGAAAACUGUGCUGCUAACAUCCUUUCUCAUGGUAGUCGGUGCUGGCCUGAGAUGUAUACCUGUAUCCAACCAAGAAACAAGGAAAUGGCUAAUACAUGGAGGACAUCUGUUAAAUGGAUUGGCAGGCCCAACUGUAACAAGCGCUUCUCCACUUCUUUCUACUACAUGGUUUUCACCAGAUGAGCGUGCCACUGCCACAGCUAUUGCAUCGUUGAUCAGUUACCUGGGUGCAGCAUGUGCGUUUUUAGUAGGACCUUUGGUAGUUCCAGGGCCAAAUAGCACAUCAACAGUUCCACCUGUGUUUGGAAAUAGUCCUGAGUACAUAAAAGACCGCAUUGAGGCUGUAUUGUUUGCAGAAUUUGGCAUUGUGGCUGUGAUAUUCUCUGCAGCACUAGCUUACUUUCCAUCACGACCUCCAUUUCCACCCAGCGUGGCUGCAGCUAGUCAGAGGCUCAGCUAUGGAAGAAGUUUUUGUAGGCUGCUCAGCAAUCCCCGGUUUUUGAUGAUUGCUCUGGCCUAUGCAAUACCACUGGGGGUUUUCUCAGGAUGGUCUGGUGUUCUUGAUUGGAUAUUAACUCCAGCUCACAUAAGCCAAGUGGAUGCAGGUUGGAUUGGAUUUUGGUCCAUUGUAGGCGGCUGCGUUGUUGGCAUAGCACUAGCAAGGUUUGCCGAUUUUAUCAGAGGAAUGCUGAAACUUAUCCUACUUCUGUUACUGUCAGGAGCAACUCUGUCAUCCUUUUGGUAUACUUUGACAUGUUUAAAAACUGUCAUUCACCUUCCUUUAACUACAGCCACACUUUAUACUUCCUGCAUUUUGCUGGGUGUCUUCUUGAAUAGCAGCGUCCCUAUCUUCUUUGAACUUUUUGUGGAAACGGUCUAUCCUGUUCCUGAAGGGAUUACCUGUGGCGUGGUCACCUUCCUAAAUAACAUGUUCAUGGGAGUUCUUUUGUUUUUCUUUAGUUUCUACCAUAGAGAAUUUUCUUGGUUUAACUGGUGCCUCCCAGGUUCCUGCUUAUUAAGCCUUCUACUCAUCUUAUGCUUCAGGGAAUCCUAUGACAGACUUUAUCUGGAUGUGAUUGUCUCCAUUUGAAAACCUAAAGCAAGGCAGUUGAAGAGGAUGGAAAAUAGUACUGGGUUUGACCUGUUUUCUUAGAAAACACAUAGACUAAAGGUUACAGCAUACAUUCAAAUUCACUGGGAUUUUUUGAUUGAAUUUACAAACAAAAAGGGUUAUUUUUAAUUCCUAAUACGGUAUUUUAUCAUUUAGAUUAUUAUGAUGAGUCUUGUAUUUGAAUGGAAUUAGAAUAUUUUUUAAAAAAAUACCUAUUCAGAAGAAUGUGUGCUAGAAGAAAUACGAACUGUGAUAUUUUAUUUAAUAAGCUGUUUGACUGCAAAAAUGUGUGCCAACUAAAACUACUUAUAACAAAAGUAUCAUAGCAAUAUCAUCACAGCUAGGAACUAAUGAUGGGAUUUUUAUGGAUAAAAGCCUCUUUUUAACUCUUUUUCUUUUUUAACUGUUUGAUGUUUUAAUGAGAAUUCUGAUAAUCCCACAUUUGACUUGCUUUGUAAUAACAUGUUAUUUCUUCAUUGUGGUAUGUUCAUACUAGUGCUUCCGUGAUGCCAGAUUUCCAACUUAGUUGUUAGGACUGAACAAAUUGUUGUUCUCUCACUGUGAAUCAUCUUGUUUAAGAGGGAAUUACACUAGGAUUUUGGUUAAAUACAAGAUAAAAGCUUUUAACAUCUCCCUAGUUUUUCUAUUUAAAGCUAUUUUUGCUUAUUUAAUCUAGAGAUACCAUUCUUUUAUUUUCCUCUCCAAAAGACAGACAGACAGACAGGCACAUACAUACACAUGGGGGUGGGGGGCGGGGGGAAGAGAGACUUCUCACUAAAUGGUUCUUGGCAAUUGGUGCUAUAAAUUAUUUGAAAUUAUUUAAAUGUAAUUGCCUUAUAGCCUAAUACAGACAUUAAGGUGAGUGGAUAGAAUUGCAGUCAUGGUAUUGGUAUUUCUGUUCUUAAGGACUUUUAAUGUCUUAUAAAUAUGGCUUGGUAUUGAAGAUUCUUACAUGGUUUCCUAAGAAUUUCUUUUAUUUGUGUGUCCUUCCAUUAGGAAGGAAGCCCUCUUCCCAAAAUCGGUCAAAGCCAAUGAAACAAAGAUUACAGUUUUUCUAUUGUAGGCUAGUCUUCUCAAACUUGUUUACAAUGUAAAGGCUCUGCUUUUGUUUUUUAACAACUGUUUAGUAAAGAGACCUAUUGGUGGUGUCAGUGGCCAUAAGAAUUGCAAGAUCAAAAUUGCAGAAUACCCAGUUUCUGAAAUUUAGCACAAGCUGGAAAAUAUAAUGCUUUUGCUGCUCCUGCAUCCUAUAUUAAGAGGGACAUUUCUAUUUGACUUGUUUCAAAUCUUCUUUCAUCUUCAAUUAAUUUUUUUAAGUCUCCUGUACACCAAAUCUAAAACAAGUUAUACAUUGCUGAAGAUAGCUUGUUUUUCUCAGUGUGGAUUGUGACACACAUAAAGGGAUGUGUUGUGCUGUCCCCCAGAUGACCAUCAUGUGGUCAUUAUGAUUCAGAAAUAGCACUUUUCUGUUUGUAAUUUUUCCUAUAUAUAAGUGAACUAUUUCUUUAGAUUAACUUUCACAAAUGUUGAGUUAUAUGAUGUCUUAUUAUAGAAUGAGGCCACAGUACUUGAUGGGCUAGAAAGAAGGUAUUAUGGCAUGCUUUAAUGACUUGGCUCUUGGUACAGUGGGCUACCAUGGUACCUAUGGAGGCUGUCAAGGGCCACAUUAAAGGGUGAGCUGUGCUGGUUGUAUGAGCUGAAUCUUGAAAGCUCAUGAAAGAUAAGACUUUAUAAUAUAAUAAUAAACAAUAAAAAGUAAGCCAUGCUUUGUAGUUCUUAGUGUAUAUCCCACAUAUUCGGGAAACAAGAAGGGUAAAAUCAGGCUGCCAAUAAUAAACAAAUUUUAAUUUCUUAAAAACCUUUCAGACAAAAACAGCCAGUUUGGUCUAGGUAGGUUAAGGCACCAGGCUAGAAAGCAAGAGCUGUGAGUUUCAAGUUCCACCUUAGCCUACAAAGCCAGCUGGGUGCUUUUGGACCAGUUACUUUCUCUCAGCCCAAGUCAUUUCAGAAGGUUGUUGUUGUGGGGAAAACAGGAGGAGGAAGGUGUGUUGGAUAUGUUCACUGCCUUGAAUUAUUUGUAAAAAUAGCAAAGGUGGGAUAUAGAUAAAUAAAAUCAAUAAGUAAAUCGCUGUAUCAUUGUUAUACAGGAGGGCUGUCAAACUCUCAGCCUGCGGGCUGGAUGUGUCAUGUGCUUGCCAUGGCCACGCCUGGUUUAGCAAAGGAGAAAAAAGUCCCGAUACAUCACAUGACAUUGUCGUGAUGACGUGAGUUUGACACCCCUGUUAUACAGUAAUAAGGGGCUGUGCAGAGUUUGCCUGAUAGAGCAAUGCCAAGAAGCCCCAAGUUGGAUUAUGGCUGUAGUAAAGCCAUAUACAUCAAAUGUAUGAUAGAAAUAGCCCAUGUUUUAUUGUACACAUAAUCUUUCUGUCAUUUGUUAUGUUUCAUUUUUGCUUCUGUUCCGUUUGCUCCCUCGUAUCAGAUUAGAGCUCAUGUAUUAAAUAUUUUCUCAUCAGCAUUCUCUGCCAUUUCUGUUACUGGAGCUUCAGCACUACAGUCGGGGAUCUCUCCGCAGGAGGUCAGGGAAAUUCAAACUUGAAAUAUUUCACAUUAUUAAGCAGUAGCUGACAGUUUGCGAUAGCUUUAUGCCGCUGUUCCACAAGUUUUUGACUAGCUUGUCUGUAAUUGUUACUGAAUAACCCUGCCUGCCCGUCCUGUCUAAUUUCAGAACAUCUGCAAAUGGAGCAACUUUAAGCACAAUUCUAAAUGAUUCUAUAAAAUUAAUUUUUAAAACACCCUGCAUCAUUUGACAAGUUAGCCCUGAAUUCUCAAAUUCCCAGGGCUGUUCCAGUAAUAAUUCUCCCCCAAACUUAUAAUUUGCAUAGAUCAGCAGCAAUAUGGAAUACUGAGUAACAUCACUCUACUUUUGUGUAUAAAUGUAGUCUUGCAUAAUAUCUGUGUUACUAAACAACCUGGCUCAUCCUUUCAGAAAUAUUCCCUUACCAAAUUCAACGGAGACAGAACUUCUAAUGUUCUGUCUUCACUGGAAAAAAUGGCAUCCAUUCAGAGAUGUAUCUUCCUUGAAAAUAGCCCCCAAGUUGAGCUGUAUGGCACCAACAUCAACACAGGAAAUGUUUUAUGACAUUUUGUAUUAUGUAAUAAACUGUUUUAUGUUUAUGUCAUAAAAUGUUUUAUACAAUUUGCCAAAUUUCAAUUCCUAUGAAGAUGGCCAAUAAGCCCAGGGAGACUUGUCUCUCUCUGAAUUGGGUUUUUUCCCCAGUUUAAGAACAAAAGGAACAGGCAUUCCUUUAGUUUAUAUGCACCGUUUUACCCAGUUUAAAAUGAAAGUGAUUAGAAUUUUAGCAGCGUACAGAUUAAUAAGGCUGGAAAGUUACUAACUCAGUUCAGUGUAUGUAGAAAUCAGCAUGAGAUUAUGCUGUAACUUAAGUAGCAUUACGUUUGCAAUGUUUCAUGUGCCACUCUAGGAUCAGUUUUUCCAUACAUAAUUAAUCAAUAUAUGACUAAUUGGGGAAUUUCAAGUACUGUUGAAUUCCAUCUGCACUUGUGACAAUUUUGUUAGCAUUAAAAUAAAUCAAUAAAGGAGAAAGUACUUCUUUUGAAUAUGGUUUUUGUUGUUGUUUUGUUGUUACGAUUACCGUAGCUUGUUGCAGGAGACAACCUGCAUAUUGAAAGGAUGAGUUAGUCAUAGUGAAGAAUUUAACAAUACUUUACUUAAUGUGAACUGUUUCACGUUGCUUCAUAGUGCAAUAUGUUUGCUGAGAGGUAAAGCUCAUUGUAUUUAUUGAACUUUGUUACUACCUAAUUUAUUAUUUUAGCUUUAAUGUAUCCUAAUGAAAUUAGUAGGAUUUGAAAAAUGCAUAAUUUUUAUUGGAAUCUCUGCAAGCUUGCCAUCAUAGAUAUGUGUGAUUUCUACAUAUAAUAACAUAUUAGGACUAUAAAACAUUUUAUACCAAGUUACAUGCAAGCUACUCUUACACAGAGAAUUCUUGGACUUAAAAAAAGAAAGAAAAGAAAAUAGUCACUAGAGACAGGGGAAGGAAUGCUAAACUUUUCCAUGCUUUUAUUCUGUCUGUUAAAUUCUGCUAUUUUCCUCCAUGAUUUCUAAAAAGAAAGAAAAGAAAAGUGGGUGAAGAAUUAAGCAUUUUUAGUCUUCCUGUUUUUCAUAUUGAAAUUCUUUUCUUUGUAAAAGAAAAUUGUUGCAUAGGAGACCCUGGUACCGUGCAGUCUGUUCUGGCUUAUGUAAUAUGUUACUUAGAAAGUGUGUUAAAAAGCUUCUAUCAUUUUUAUCUUGAACUCUAUUUUAAAAUGAGCUUAAGAAUUAGACUUACAAAACACAAAGAAAAAGAUGUCUUAGGUAUAAAAGUGGUGCAAUUCACAGCAAAAGAAUUAUUAGCACCCUUGUUCACGAUUCUCAAUUAUUUCUGAAUAGAAUCUUCAAUUCAGUGAAGGGAAGCUACCAAUAUGCCCUUAGGAUUCAGCUUGGCAUUUUCUUAUGAUGUGUGUAAAUUAAACUGUACUGCUAUUUGAUGCGUUAGAAACAUAACAUUGUCUAGGAUAAUGUGAUUAUCUCUUGUUGAUCUGUUAUAUAGUGCAUGUAUCUUCUUUUCAACAAAUUGGCCCGCCUUAUAUUCAAAAAAUGCAGUAUUGUGAAAAGGCAUAAUGUAAAGAACGCUAAACAGUCUGCAGACAAAUCGCUCUUACUAAUUGAAUUUGCAUGAGAAAAUUUUUGUGUGUGUGUCUUACUAAAAAUGGAACGAAAUACAUAUUAGUUGAAGUUAAGAAAUAUCUUAACCAUUUUCUCUAAAUUGUCUGUAAAGACUUCCUAUGGUUGCAGUUUUGAUUUAUUCAUUAUCUUGAUUGAUAAUGACAUGGAGAACUAUUUUUAAUUUCUAAUUUGCCGGCAGGGCAGAAAUUGUUUUUUGUGAUAUAAUUACAUAUACAACAGACAUCUUAUUUUAUUUUCCAGCAGUAGUGUGAAAAAUUCUCAUAUUUCAUAUAUAGUAAGGGGUAGAAGAAUCACUAUAAACUAUUAAAUAGACAUAGAAUUUUUUCUCUCAUGCAAAUUCAAUUAGAAAAGCUAAGAAGUAGCUAAGUCCCCUGUUCUUGGCCUAAUGCCAUUCAUUUCCAUAUAACUUCUAAAGGGAAAUACAGAUAAUAGUCUUACUUAUGGCUGGAUACAUUUGAAGUUAGAAUGAACCUCCCCUAAACUACUUAUGGUCUAGUUUUGAAAUUCUAAUGGCUGCUCAUCUGCCCACUUCCCCUAAUUGUAUGAUCACAUUUGGGGGGCUUGGCAACUAGCAUGCAUUUAUGGCCAUUUGCAGUUGUCCCGUGGUCAUGUGAGACCCUGAUUUUCAGCAUUUUUUCCCUAGAAACCAGCAUUUACUUCUGCUUUCUGGGAAAAAUAUGCGCAUUAGGUUGGUUAACAACCGCCAUAAAAAAAGGACGUAAAAUUGGACACAGUCAUGUGAUCUAUUUGACUACUGCCAUGACUUACGGCCAUAAUUCCAGGUUCAAUUACAGCCAUAAGUUGAGAACUAUCUGUAUCUCAGUGGACUGUAUCUCAUCUCUGCCUUUAUUAGAGAGAUAUAAACUUUUAUAAGUGAGAUUUCAUUCUCUGCUACAUUUCUUCUGAAUAAAACAAGUAGAAAAAAUUAGAAUUAGAUUAGACAAGAAUUAGACAAGAAUAUUGACUCUCAGUUUAAUUCUAUCUAGAUUCUCUGACUACAUGCAUUAUCAGCCAAUAGGCAUUUCUUUUUUUAUUGCUUCUAAUAUUUGAGAUAUUGAUUAGUUCGAUAUCAGAAUAAAUAAAAGAACUUAAUUCCAAGCAUGUAUAUUUAUUAUUGACGUAACAGAAGUCUCAGGAAUAUAUAUUAAUAGAUUAUAUAUAGCUUUCAUGCAAAAAAUUUUUUGACUUAAACAAACCUGUUUUCUGUCAAUAGCCAGUGAUUUCCAUCCUUGCAUUGUAAAUUGACAAAAUAAAUGAGCAGCAAAGUAUUUUUACAUGCAGGAAAAAAAUUGUAAUCAUAUGACUUCAUUGUACAUACAAAAAUGUAAAGGACUUAAAAUAUUUAUGAGCACUAAAGAUGGGGAGAUUUAUCUUUGUACAAAUGUUUUAUAUGUGGAGAGAAUAAGUUUCUUCCAGGAUGAGUACUACAGGAGUCCUUGUUUGGUGACUUCCUCAUUUAGAGGCAGUUUGCAAAUAAGGAUGAUGAAAAAAAAUAAAUUUGCUAUCGAUCUUUGCAUUUACAGCCUUCAUAGAUCUUUAACGUAAGAUUUGUGUAAGUAAGAUCGUUAGCACAGUUACGGUUUUGCUUAGCUACCACUUUGCUUAACAACCAAGUUGCUGAUCCCAAUUGGGGUCCCUGAACAAGGACUAUCUAUACUACACAUUUUAAAAUAUAUGUUUUUUUCCCUGAAUAAAUCAUUUUCUGGUGUGCAUUUAUUCAGCUGCUCGAUAGUAAGAAAUGCAUUGUACCCAACACCCAAUUCAGCCUUCAUAUUAUGAACAAAUUAUGCCCAUUAUUACAUCUGUACAAUGAAUUUGAUUGGUUAGCUUGUUUUUAAAGCACCUGCUGGGGGUGGGAUCUGUGACUGGUGGGUGUUGUUUCACAGUCCAAGCCCUGCCCUUUUGGUACAUCUGUCUGUAUAUGGAUACAAAAGGGAACGGUGGGUGGAUGCCGUGCCCUCAAUCUUGCAGAUUUUGGCACAAAUACACACAAAGCACAUUGAGCCUGUAGCAAUGUGCAGAGCCUGUGAUACAUGGUAAGGAAAAAAGGAUGGCAUGAUUCCCAAAACUUGGUUGAGAAAAUAAGAAAUCUGGCCCAUUACCAGCUGUCCUGGUGUUGUGAAGAAAUCUGUGUUACCUGACCUGAAAACAUGGUCAAAUGUGUAAUCUCUGAGUAAAAAAAUAAUCUGCUACAACUAAUUGUAGUCCAACAACUUAACUCAUUUUCAUUUUACAUAAUCUGCUCCAUUCUGUAUGAUUUCCUCCACUAAGCAGGAAACCAUAUAAAGGGGUAUCAAGGGCCUCCUUCCCUUCUUGGAAAGGAAAUUUUAUUUUGUUCUUUUCCUGACAUUGGAAAUAUACUUUUUCUUGUUAAUAUAUUCUCAAGCGUGUUUUGCUUUAUUAAGCUAGAACUGUCUUUCGUGUCAUUUGGUGGCUUGGCAUUGCAGAGUACCUUUGAGAAUGUUAAAUUUCUACAGUUUUGGAUAUCCAUCUGUCAUCUUAAGUUUAAUUUUUAUUCUCUGUUAAAUGUGCACUGCUUGUUCUGACAUACCUACCAUCCACUAAAUAAUGGAAAGGUUUUCAUAAAUAACUUCAUCUUUUUAUAAGAUCAAAAAUUUACACCUUUAUUAUUAUUUUUUACUAGAUACCUACAAAAUGCUUUGGUGUAGACCUAAGUUAAUUCUAAUACAUUUAAAGCUAAUCUCAAUGCUUUAUUACUUUAACAUUUAACAAUCCCUUUUCCAAUCCCUUUUCACUUAUUUCUGCCAUUUAAAAAAAAAAAUUAAAUACUUCAUAAACGUGUGUAUAAGCUCACCUGUUCUGCAUGUUCUUCUAUGUGCAAUAUUUCUAACUCUGUUUUUGAGAAAUGUUUUACAUGUUGUUUUAAUUACCUUGCUUGGUUUAUUUUAACAAAGUCUGGUGGCGUGAAUAUAUGAAAACUAAAAUGCCAAUUCUUUUUUUGGCGGUGGGAGGUUAAAUUAAACUUGAUAUUGUUAAAGGAAGUGAGAACUAUUAAAUUAGCAUUUGUAAUAAUUUACUUUUUGUAAUUUUGUAAAAAAAAAUGAUACUUUUAUUUUAAGGUUCUACUUUUGUAUGUAAUAUACUGACAUGUGGCACAAUCUGUCAGAAGCACAUCCUGCUUUUAUCUCAUUGAAAUUUGGGAAAAAGCCCUACCUCCUUCAUCUUUUUUUUUUUUUGAACUUUAGCAGGAUAGAGUUCUCAUAUGUUG